AAGAUCUCUUUUUUUUUUUUAAACAAGAGCAUUAAAAUUAAAAUAAUAAAAAACUGAAAUCUAGUAAAAAAAAAAAAAAAAAUUAUACCGGAAGUAGAUACUUGGCAGUAGUCAAGAUUGACGUAUACAGACUAACAAAACUAAAAACUUACCACUCACAAAAUGACAUCCAUAGCAGAACAACCAUGCUACACGCUUAUCAAUGUCCCCAUGGAUGCAGAGCCGCCUUCAGAAAUGCAGCUAAAGCAGGACCUAGAAAAGGGGGAUGCUGCUACUAAAAUAGAAGCUCUCAAGAAAGUCAUCCAGAUGAUCUUGAAUGGAGAAAAGAUGCCAUCUUUACUCAUGACAAUUAUUCGAUUUGUGAUGCCCAUGCAGGAUCACCUGCUGAAGAAACUGUUGCUUGUUUUCUGGGAAGUUGUGCCUAAGUACACCCCUGAAGGAAAGUUGUUACAAGAGUUUAUAUUGGUCUGCGAUGCUUACAGAAAGGAUCUCCAACAUCCGAAUGAGUUUAUCAGAGGCUCCACACUUCGUUUUUUGUGUAAACUCAAAGAGCCAGAAUUGAUUGAGCCUCUAAUGCCAGCAAUAAGACAGUGCUUGGAGCACCGACAUUCAUAUGUUAGGCGCAAUGCUGUGUUAGCAAUUUACACCAUCUUUAGGAAUUUUGAGUUCCUAAUCCCUGAUGCCCCAGAACUCAUUCACAACUUUCUUGAAGGAGAGCAGGACAUGUCUUGCAAACGCAAUGCCUUUAUGAUGUUGAUACAUGCAGACCAGGAGAGAGCCUUGAACUACCUGAGUAGCUGUAUUGAUCAGGUGACUUCAUUUGGAGAUAUCCUUCAACUUGUUAUUGUGGAGUUGAUUUACAAGGUUUGCCAUGCCAACCCAGGAGAGAGAGCUAGAUUUAUCCGUUGCAUUUACAACUUGCUCAACUCAUCUAGUCCUGCUGUGAGGUAUGAAGCUGCUGGCACGUUGGUCACCCUGUCCAGUGCACCUACUGCUAUCAAGGCUGCUGCCUCUUGUUAUAUUGAGUUGAUUGUGAAAGAAAGUGAUAACAAUGUCAAGCUGAUUGUACUGGAUCGUCUCAUUGCUCUCAAGGAAGUUCCUGCUCACGAGAAAGUUCUGCAGGAACUAGUUAUGGACAUUCUGCGAGUGUUGAGCUCUCCAGAUCAAGAAGUUCGUAAGAAGACCCUUAACUUGGCCCUUGACCUUGUUACAUCUCGUAAUAUAGAAGAGAUGGUACUAGUACUCAAGAAAGAAGUAGUGAAGACUAACAAUGUUGAACAUGAAGACACUGGGAAAUACAGACAGUUACUGGUUCGAACCUUGCACCAAUGCAGUGUCAAGUUCCCAGAUGUUGCUUCCACUAUCAUUCCUGUUUUAAUGGAAUUUUUAGGCGACAACAAUGAACUGGCUGCGGCUGAUGUGCUGGUGUUUGUCCGGGAGGCAGUUCAGCGUUUUGAUCAACUGCGACCUUUGGUCAUCAGCAAAUUGUUGGAUGUAUUCAGCACCAUCAAAGCCAUGAAAAUUCACAGAGCUGCUCUCUGGAUCCUUGGAGAGUAUUGUACUUCAUCAGAUGAUAUACAAAGUGUCAUGACUCUUAUACGCCAGUCACUCGGAGAGAUUCCAAUAGUUGAUGAUGAAAUGAAGAAAGCUGCUGGUGAAGUUAAAGAUGAUGAGCUCCAAUCUGGCGGUUCUGUCCAGAGACUUGUAACAGCCGAUGGAACUUAUGCUACCCAGAGUGCUUUUAGUACGAGAACUACCGUUAAAAAAGAAGUGCCCCCAUUGCGUAAAGACAUGAUGGAUGGAGAUUUUUUCAUUGGUGCUGCCCUGGCCACUACGCUGACCAAAUUGGCUCUCAAGUACACUAACAUAACUCAAGACAAGAAAAGGCAAAAUGCUUUUGUUGCAGAAGCUAUGCUUAUUAUGGCUACCAUAAUCCAUUUAGGCAAGUCUGGCUUGCCAACUAAGCCAAUAACUGAUGAUGAUGUGGAUAGAAUUGCUGUAUGCCUCAGAGUGUUGGCUGAGAAGUCAGACCUCAUGGUAGAAAUCUUCAACACUGCAUGCAGAGGCUCUCUCUCGUUGAUGUUGGCUGCUAAGAUCGAAGAAGAGAAACAACUUCAAGCGGCUGCCGAGCGUAAAAUUGUGAAAGUCCAUGCUGAUGACCCGAUAUCCUUUGUUCAGUUGAUCAACAGAAGUGACCAGGGGGCUGGGGAGAAUUUGUUUGAACUGACCCUCUCCCAGGCCCUUGGUAUGAAUGCCAAGAAAGACUCUGACCCAUUGGGCUCUUCCAAGCUAAACAAGGUGUCACAGUUGACUGGUUUCUCUGAUCCUGUCUAUGCUGAGGCUUAUGUUAAUGUCAAUCAGUAUGACAUAGUGCUGGAUGUUCUCAUUGUUAACCAGACUGCUGAUUGCCUACAGAAUCUCACACUAGAACUGGCCACUUUAGGAGAUUUGAAACUUGUUGAGAAGCCUCAACCUUUGACCCUGGCUCCACAUGAUUUUUGUAACAUUAAGGCCAAUGUGAAGGUUACGUCCACAGAGAAUGGCAUUAUUUUUGGAAAUAUUGUCUAUGAUGUGACUGGAGCUCAAAGCGACCGUAAUGUAGUUGUGUUGAAUGACAUACACAUUGACAUUAUGGACUACAUCGUGCCAGCCUCCUGCACCGACACAGAGUUCCGCCAGAUGUGGGCAGAGUUUGAGUGGGAGAACAAAGUGACAGUGAACACCAACAUCUUGGACCUGAAAGAGUAUCUGGAACAUGUCAUGUCUUGUACCAACAUGAAGUGUUUAACUCCAGAGAAGGUAGAUGAGUCAGAAUUCAAUCCACAUUUGUUAAUCAGAUCACAGGCUCUGUCUGGUGACUGUGGUUUUAUGGCAGCCAACAUGUAUGCCCGCUCCAUCUUUGGGGAAGACGUCCUGGCUAACCUGAGCAUUGAGAAACCAUUACACUUGGGCAAAGAUGCUUCUGUCCAGGGUCAUGUACGCAUUCGAGCUAAAAGUCAGGGCAUGGCAUUAAGUAUGGGCGACAAGAUCAACCUGUCUCAGAAGAAAGUAAUCAAAGUUCUUGCUGGUUGAGGCCCUGUGGCUGACUCAAGUCCUACUAGAGAUUUCAUUUGAUUAGGUUUUUUGGUUUACACUAAUUGGCUGAUGUCUUAGUUGCAUCUGAAUGAUUGAUACCUUAGAACUGUUUUUUUUAAUUUCAGUGGUAACAACAUAUUUUCUUAUGAUAGGAUUUACUCAACACUGUUUUUUUAUAUAUAAUGUUAUAAAAGAAAAAUGUCCUUACAUAAAAGUAAAAUAUUCUAGAGAAGUUAUCCAAAUUCACAAAGCUGGUCUGAGGCUACAUUGUAAAGUAUUGGGAGCUGACUUUAAAAAAGGGUUGAGAUCCCCUACCUGGGCAUUGUCUAUUAUUCUAGACAAGUGCAGUAUUUCACAUGGCCACACAAACCCAGUUGCACCCUGCUUUUUUUUUUUUUUCCAACACCUAAUUACUCAGAAGUCAUGAGAUCCCAAGUAGUAAAACUGGAACUGCUUUUAUAUUCCAUAAAGUUAAAUUUAGAUCUCACUCUAAGUUCUAUGUAGUUUUUGACUUGUGUUUCUAGUUGGUUCUAAGGAUUUUAUUUCUUACUUAUCAUUACCCUACAGCCAUCAUUUGUUUUGAUAUAGUUUUCUUAUUAAUGAUACUUGAGUUAUUUCAUUCAAUUUUUAAUACUUCAUAUGACUAGAGAAACAUUUACUUUGUUAUUUAUGGUUUUCCUGGUUAUUGUCUGUUUUGUGUAAACACUUCCAUCUUGUGCUGUUUUCAUAUUUACAAAUAAACCCAUGAAGCGUAAAA